GGUCAGGCUAUGUUUGUAGCUUAGGACCGACCGAAUUUCUUUGUGAUUCCAUGUAAACCGUAUUCCUUAGGCUCACCAUUCGAGCUUAGUGUCCGACUUCUCCGCCUCCAGAACUUCGUUUCCAAUGAUAAUCGUAGUUCCUCUGUCAUCACUCCAGUAGCUACCGCCCCUUGUGCCUUGCACGUUAGCAAAACGUUGUGCUUAUGUGAGCAAUCGUAGCACCACGGAUAGUAUAAACGCAAGUGACGAUUCUGACAGUACCAUGCUCGUACCAUUGUACUAACAAGCGUAUCAGGCACACAAUUCAGAAGAAUUUAUCUGUCAGGUAUCCAUACCUCGUCACUAUGGCUGUUAUGCCUGAAGAUGAAGCUUCCGUCCUUUUCGGACCCUUAAAUCCAGGAGGAAGCGGAGGAGAAGAAACAGAAUCAGAGCUAUUUUCAAGCUUUCCUUCACAAAUGGUGGCUCUGGCCUGCACGUGUGUGGCCAUUCUGAUCGCCUUCCGCCAUGUGUUGAUGCAUCUGCGGUACUACACAGAGCCCACUCACCAGAGAUACAUAAUAAGAAUAAUCUUCAUGGUCCCUGUGUAUGCUGCCAUGUCAUAUGCAGCUCUGGCAGCCGACGACUAUGCCAUGUACUUCAAGACCGUUCGUGACGUAUACGAAGCAUGGGUCAUCUACAACUUCCUGUCGCUCUGUCUGGCGUGGGUAGGAGGGCCAGGAGCCGUGGCCAUCAGCCUCACAGGGCGGGUUCUCAAACCCUCAGCGCUGCUCCUCACGUGCUGGCUGCCACCCAUACCAUUAGAUGGGCACUUCAUCCGCCACUGUAAGCGCGGCUGCCUACAGUUCGUCUUCAUCAAGCCCCUCCUGGCCGUGCUCUGCCUCAUUCUUUACAGCACGGGCUGCUAUGAGGAGGGUGUGUUCGCACUCACCAAUGGCUACCCCUACGUGACAUGCGUGUACUUGGUGUCGUACUCGGUGGCGGUGUACUCGCUGCUCUUCUUCUACUUCGGCUGCCACGACCUGCUGCGCUCCUUCAACCCCAUCCCCAAGUUCGUCAUGAUCAAGGCAGUCGUCGUCCUCACCUACUGGCAGGGCAUAGUGGUCUUCUUUGCAGGUCACCUAGGCCUGGUGCAUUCAGCCAGUGACGCCGCUGACCUGCAGAACCUGCUGCUGUGCUGCGAGAUGGCGCUGGCUGCAGGGGGCUUCGUCUGGGCCUUCCCCUUCACGCCCUUCAUGGCGGCUAGUAUGGGUGGCGCAGGGGGCGGGAUAGCGGAGGAGGUGGGCGGGUUUCUGCAGAGGCUCAGACAUGCUGCUGCUAUGGGGGAUGUUGUGAACGACACUGUUCACCAGUUCUCCCCAACGUACCAUGACUACGUCCUGUACAGCGAUGGCUCCACGGAACCCAAGCACUUCCGCACCCGCACCUUCGUGCCCAUGGGCAGGGAGAUGGAGGCGUACCGCAAGGACGGCAAGAUCAACUCCAUCCAGUCGCCCGACUACAUCCUCACCCCUCCUCCGCCCCUCCAACCCUUCCACUGCAAGCCCUGCGCCGCCGCCAGCACCAGCACAGCUGGCAUCCCAUUCAGCACAGCUGGCAGCCCAGGUGGCCGUACAGCUGGCAGUACAGGUGGCGUGGCAAUCAGUGUGCAGCCAGCUGACACGUCAAGGACAACCAUGGGGGACCCCUUCAGGGAGAUCACGAACAGUACUGGAACUCUUGGUCCAGCAACAGUGGCAUCUGCAGCAGGUGCGGCAGGUACAGGUGCAGCCAGCAACACGGUAACGCAGUUACCAUCUGCCACAGUGCUGCUGCAAUUCCUUGCCGGGAGCGGGAGCAGGGGCGAUGGCGAGGAAUGCACAGGAUGGCACCAGACAGUACAGCCUGGCACGGGCCAUAUUGGCAGUGACACCUGUGGCAGCACGUACAGCAGCACCAACGAAAGCACACAGACUGCCCGGGGCAGCACCGCCACCAACAGCUAUGGGGAGGACAUGCAGGCCCUGUCACGGGUGGUACCAACGAGCGGCGAGAUGAGCAGGUGGAGCAGGGAGGGGGGCAGGAGAACGGGGCUGUUUGAGAGACUAAGUGAGGACCAUGGCUGUGGUGGUGAUGGAGAUGGUGGUGCUGGGGGUGGUGGUGGUGGUGUUGGUAGUGGUGUGAGUGGUGUAAGCAGGAGAGCCAGCAGGAGUGGGAGGAACGAGAUGGAGAAGCGGGAGAGUAGGAGUGGCAGCAUGCACCGGCACUCAAGCACGAGCAGCAGGAGCAGCGAGGGGGCGAGUGACAGGGCAGCACUCUACAAUAACCACCGGGACUCAAGUGAAGGAGGUGGGAGCAGAGGCAAGGGCAGGAGAGGAGAGAAGGGGCACGAGGGAGGGGAGGGGAGGGAGAAUGCGAAGGGGAGGAGAACAGGGCCAUGGAGCGGGCACGGGCUGAUAAAGGUGCUGACGAGGGGGUCCAUGGAAGUGGGGCUCGUGGUGGACGAGGAGGAUUUGAUGGAGGAAGGCGAUGCGAGGCGAGAGCUGGAAGGGACAGUACAGCGGUGAGGUGAGUGGUACAGCGGCGAGGGGAGGGGAGGGGAAGUGAUCAAAGAGGGGGUCCAUGGACCUGGGGCUCGUGGUGGACGAGGAGGAUUUGAUGGAGGAAGGCGAUGCGAGGCGAGAGCUGGAAGGGACAGUACAGUGGUGAGGUGAGUGGUACAGCGGUGAGGGGAGGGGAGGGGAAGUGAUCAAAGAGGGGGUCCAUGGAAGUGGGGCUCGUGGUGGACGAGGAGGAUUUGAUGGAGGAAGGCGAUGCGCAGCGAGGGCUUGAGGGGACGGUGCAGCGAUGAGGGGGAGAUGUGAGGGGAAGAGGUGAGUCGAGAGGUCGGACAAGUGCAAACAGGGCAAUUGCAAUCUGGGCAAUGAUGAUAUCGAGCUGUGGAGUCUACAAGGGGGUUGUGAUAGGAAGGAUUUGUGGUUGUUAUGCUUAUGAGAGUGGGUGCAUGCUGUGGCUGUUGGUUCCGUACACGUUGUACCUUAAUGAAUGCCAAACAAGCAGGUUUGA